AUGAGUCAACCUCAAUGGAGCGCCGCUCCGAGCGCGUCCAUAUCUGGUCAACCAACAAUCAAUCUGAACUGCAACUCUGAAGCCCACUCCUUCAAUGAUGAUCACGCUAACAAAGGUUCUAAUUUUCAAGCAUUUAUAAAAAUCGCCAUCAAUUCACCAUACUUUUACCUGUUGAUUGCGAUAGCUUUUAUGAUCGGUAGCAUCCUCACAUGCACGGUUUGCAUGUGUCGAUCUGGACGAAUGCGAAAGAGCUAUAAGAAAGAAAUCAAAGAAAUACGCGAUAAGGAAGAGCGAAAACAACAGACAAACGCCAAUAACACCCCAAUCAUCCUGCCUUUCACACCACCACCGGCUUAUCCUCAGCAGUUGCCUCAAUUCCAAACUUCGACACCGAUGAUCGUUGGUCAUCCUCCCCGAUUCGACCGGAGUUUUACUGAGCCUGAUCCCUUUCGAAUGUCAAUUGGCAAAGUCUCCCGAAUAAGUUACAUCGACGAGCUUGCCGAAACUCCUCCUCGUCCACGACGAUCAAGAAAUCCAGCGUCAAGCCGACGAGUACGCCCAAGCAAUCUCACUCGCUCGAACAUCUUCGCAGACGAUAUGGCAGAACGAGCAAGCCAGUUUUCGAAGAAUGAAUUUGAGUGA